AAAGCGAGCCGGGAGGCGCUGCGCCCGCUUCUAGUAAUUUCCAGGCGCUGCCGGGCGGCUGGGGCCGGGGCCGGGCGGGAGCCUGCAGCAGUGGAAUCCGAGACCAGAUGGCCAAGUGGGGCGAGGGUGACCCACGCUGGAUCGUGGAGGAGCGGGCAGACGCUACUAACGUCAAUAACUGGCACUGGACUGAGAGGGAUGCUUCAAACUGGUCCACUGAUAAGCUGAAAUCCCUGUUUUUGGCAAUCCAAGUACAAGGUGAAGAAGGCAUUUGUGAGGUGACAGAAGUGAGCAAGCUCGAUGGAGAGGCAUCAAUAAAUAAUCGAAAAGGCAAACUCAUCUUCUUCUAUGAAUGGACCAUCAAACUGAAUUGGACAGGUACUUCUAAGUCAGGAGUGAAAUACAAGGGACACGUGGAGAUCCCCAACUUGUCAGAUGAAAACGACGUCAGUGAAGUGGAGGUUAGUGUGAGUCUUGCCAAAGAUGAGCCUGACACAACCCUAUUGGCCUUAAUGAAGCAAGAAGGUGUGACAAAGAUCCGAGAUGCAGUGGAAACCUAUAUCAGGACUCUUAAAACAGAAUUCACGCAGGGCAUGAUCUUGCCUACUCUGAAUGGCGAGACAGUAGAUCCAGCCCCCCAGCCGCCAGUGAAAGCUGAGGAGUCCAAAGUAAAGCCUAGUAGUUUGGCAAGUCAGUCUAAAACCGUUGGUGUCAAGAUCCCUACGUGCAAGAUUGUUCUGAAGGACACUUUCCUAACAUCACCAGAGGAGCUCUUUAGGGUAUUUGUCACCCAGGAGAUGGUUCAGGCCUUCACCCAUGCGUCUGCAGUCUUAGAAGCAGACAAGGGAGGGAAGUUCCAGUUGCUGGAUGGCAAUGUCACCGGGGAGUUCUUAGACCUGGUCCCUGAAAAUAAGAUUGUGAUGAAGUGGAGGUUUAAGACUUGGCCUGAUGGACAUUUUGCUACCAUCACCUUGACCUUCAUUGACAAAGAUGGAGAGACAGAACUUCUCAUGGAGGGCAAAGGCAUCCCAUCACCAGAGGAGGAACGGACAAGACAGGGUUGGCAGCGGUACUAUUUUGAGAGCAUCAAACAGACCUUUGGCUAUGGCGCACGCUUAUUCUAAUGUUAAUGUCUACAGGGCCAUGGCCCACCCAGCAGCUCAGUCCAGCUCUCUACUGUCCUGCAGCUGUGACUGGCAGGAUUGCACCAUCCCAACCACUACUGUGGGGCCUAGGCCCCCUCCCCAUUCAUAUACCAUGGGUUCGUGCAUGUUUUCUGCUGGGCGGGAUCAGACAGUAAAUUCUCUUUUAUGUGUACAUACGCUAAAUAAACAUAACUUAAAAAAAUACGGAAGCAUUGUCUAAAUCUGAGUUUAGAACUGUGGAAUAGGCAGCAGGUUCUCUUUGGAUUUGGAAUUAAAGAAAGAUGGGAGGAGUUAUACCUACUGUCAAUUUAUUGUAAGGUUUAUUGUAAGGAUUAAAUGUAUAUGUUCCAUCAGUGAAAUAGUUUGGAGAACCUCCUGCUUCCCACAAGCCCAAUAAAAUUCAUCUGUCUCCUUAAUAGGGCUCUAGGGCACAAUAACUGAACACAAGAAGAAUCACAUGGUGCUAUAAAGGCUCAGAUUCCAAUAAAUGAUGUACUUAAAUUCAUGUGCUGAAGUUAGUGGCAAAAUUGGGCUUAACCCAUCCCUGGUUCAUAGUUCACUGGCCUUCCCACUAUAUACCAUUCUGUCUUGAUCUUAAUUCUAGGGGUUAUCAAAUCCUGAGUUCUUUCCCUCUCUGGUUCCAAAACAUUUGAUUGACAAUCCAAGGCAAGGUCCAUUUUCAGUGAAAUUACAAGUAAAACAUUUCUCCCCUCUUCCCUUCUCCACUUACUCCAUGGAAUGGAGGAGUGGGGAAUACUUAAAGGAUUUGAAUUUGUCAUUUGGAUUAUUCUCACCUCACUAGUUGAUUAAGCAUUGCUGGAAAUUUAAUCUCUUUGAAAGCAGCAACUGCAUUUUUGGUUUUUGUAUCCAAUAUUUGUGGUCUGAGGAGGGAAGUGGGAUUUUUCUCAUUUUUUAAAUUUUCUGGUUCUUGUCAAAUAAAGUACGUGGUACAUCGUAUUUAAAA